AAUGGCAAAAGGAGGAAAGAGUAGAAGUUAAAGUAAAUCAGGAAAAAGUAAAUUCAAUGAUAACUAAUUUAUUAGAGAGUGGAUCAGCUACUAAAAAUAUUAAGAAAUAAGUUUAGGCAGCAUCACCUGCAAAAGUUGAUGUUGCAACAACAGCACCACUAAAAACUCCAGUUGCAUCUGCAAAGAAGGAUUCUGCAAAAAAAUCUACUCAAAAGAGUACAUAAAAAAGCACUUAAAAAUCAGUAAAAAAGAGUGCAGUUAAGAAUUCAACUAAGAAAGGAAGUGCAUAAAAAGGAAAAAGUGGAAAGAAAGCAUAAUGAUU